UGCCUAGUUUUUUGCCUUGGGAUUUCAAGAGUAUGGUUUCAUCCCUAGCGAGUAGCGUCAUUAAUGAAUUAUCAGCGGCGGGACCAGUUUUACGUUUUCCCGCGCUCUUUCCCCGCCCCUUUUUGUUUCUCUCCUCCCUUACCGUCUCCUUCCCCGCUACAUCUCCGUCUCCCUCAAGUUUCUCCCAAAGAUUCCAAGAAUGGACUCAAGAUCUCUGAAAAGGCCUAAGCUUGAGGUCGUUUCGCGCAACAAUGGUGUGGAAGAAGGCAAGGAGGAUCUUGAAUCGCUCGUCAUUCAUCAUACCUCAGAGGUCCAACAUCUCAAAAAGCAGGUUUCUUUCUACCAAUCCGAGUUGGAGGAAGCAGAGAAGAGACUGGUAGCGGCACAGCUGAAGCUUCGCCGUCGAUCAUCUUCAUCCGAGUUGCAAGCUGGUAACCAGAUUGCUGGGAAUGGCUCUAGUUCUGGCGCAUCAUCUCGUCCACAACUUCUCAUACCUUCAGUUGAUCGCUCUUCCAAAACUCCCAUGGCUGCCAAGGGCCCUUUGUUGAUCGGAUCAACACCAAAACCUACGUCUCGCUUCAAUGCGGAGGAUUCCAGGGUUGGGUCAUCGAGUAGACCGACUGCUUCUUUAGGGUCACAGACGAGGCAUAAGAUAGAACAAAAGGAUCACAAAGACUUGAUCCCCGGUGUAGGCAAUUGCUCAUCAGCCAGGUUGUUUAACUUUGCACCUAUGGCGGGCAUCCCUAGUCGGCACAAUCGGAAAAUAAGAUGCCUUGAAGCAAAUCCAACUGAUGAUCGAAUGUUUGUGACGAGUGCACUAAACGGAACUGUAAACAUAUGGAAAUUGCAGGCUGAUGGGUCCAAGCCUAAUGCGCUGUUGCUUAGCACCAUAGAUUGUGAAAUUCCAGAAAGAAAGAAAUGGCCAGAAGAUCUAGCAUGGCAUCCAAAUGGAGAGAUGCUUUUUUGUGCUUAUGGUGCUGAUGGUGGCGGCCCUCAAGUUUCAACUGUAGAUCUCAAAGCUACAGGGAAAGAUAGGGUUUCCUUCCUAGAUAAAAAACCUCAUUUGAAGGGUACUAUAAAUAGCAUAAUAUUUCUCCAUGGUAUUGAUAUGUGUUUUGCUACUGGCGGGAGCGAUCAUGCAGUUAUAUUAUGGAAGAGAAGAAAUGGUUUUUGGAAGCCCAAAGUUCUACACCAAAAUCAACAUUCUUCUACUGUGAAAGGGGUUGCUAGUUUACAGCACAUGAAGAUUUUAUUAUCAGUUGGUUUAGAUAAAAAGAUUAUUGGUUUUGAUAUAUUGGCUGAUAAAUGUGGAUUUCAGCAUCAAAUCAAUCACCAAUGUAUGAGUGUUCUACCAAAUCCAUGCGAUGUCAACUUGUACAUGGUACAAACAAGUGAACAUGGGAGGCAGCUUCGCCUGUAUGACAUACGGUCAAGAGAAAGAGAGAUUCAUACUUUUGGUUGGAAGCAGAGCAGUGAAUCUAAGUCUGGACUGAUUAGCCAAUCAUGGUCUCAUGAUGGGUGGCAUCUAUCAUCAGGGUCUCUAGAUCCCGCAAUCCAUUUAUUUGAUAUUAGGUGCAAUGGAAAAGGGCCUUCUCAAACCAUCCAUGCACAUCAACGGAGGGUUUUCAAAGCGAUAUGGCACCAGUCCAUUCCAUUGAUGACUUCAGUAUCCUCGGAUCAUAAUAUUGGCUUGCAUGAGAUGGAGUGACCCAUAUUAUGGAAGCUGCCUUUGUGUUUUGUCGUCAGUGGGUAUUUUGGUUGUUACAGCUGCUGUGUUUUGAGUGGCAUGUAUUGUCAGUUGGUGUAUGUCCUCUUCUUUUCUGAAACCAGAAAUGUUUGAUGAUCUUAAUAUGUGAGCUCACUGAGCAAUGAAAG